AUGAUUAUAGCCAGUAUAAGAAGGAUCUUUGCGUCUUUCCGGACUGAAGAGGAAGAAAGGUUGUAUUCCCGUAAAGCGUUCUUCAAUUUAUUAGGCUUUUUAGGUAGUUGUGUUAUCUAUUCAUUUGUUGCUCAAAAAUUAUCAAAACAGCCAACUGGGAUAAUUGGGUAUUGA